CUCAACGCUGCGCCGUGGGCUCAACGUCACGAGUGGCCCAUGACCACGCCCGGCAACGGAGCACCGAUCGCCUCCACGGCCGAGCCGUUCGGCACAGCCCCCGCGGCCAAAAAGAAGACGCGCGUGAAACUCCCGCCGCAGCUCCAGGCGCUGAUGCAGCAGCUGGUAUUUGAAUGCAAGGUCAACUCGUCGCUGCACGGGAUUUCGCAGCAGCGCCAGUUCCGUGCCUUUGCCACGUGGCAGGCGGCGGCGGACCAGAUCGCCCGCGAUGAGGCCGAGGAGGCCGCGGAGGCCGAGCGCGCCGAGCGGGCCGCGGCGCAAGAGAGCGCCGCCGCCGCACAGCUCGAGGCGAGCGCAGCGGCCGCGUCCCUCGCCAGCGCCGAGGCGGCGGAGCUGAGCGAGUCGCUCCAGGCGUCAGAGGAGGCGCUGGCGAACGAGCGUGGCCGCGCCGCGCGGGCCGAGGCGGCGCUGCAGCGCGAGGCGGACGCGCGCAGCGCGGCCGAGGCGGCGCUUCCUCCCGACGACGCAGAGGAGCGGCGGGCGGAGCUGGCUGCGCUGCAGGCGGAGCGGCAAGGCCUCCUCGACAGGCUGCGGGUGGCGGAGACGGCGCUCGCCGCCGCCGUCGCCGCCACGGCCGCGGAGCAGCGCCGCACGGACGAGGUCGAGGCGGAGCUGGCAGAGGCUCGACAGGCCGCUGCGGCGCUCGACGACACGGAUGACGAGGCGGACAACCUGAGGGCGGAGGCAGCAGAGGCGGCGAGGGCGGAGGCGGCGGUGGCAGUAGAGGCGGCGAGGGCGGAGGCAGCAGAGGCGGCGAGGGCGGAGGCGGCGGUGGCAGUAGAGGCGGCGAGGGCGGAGGCAGCAGAGGCGGCGAGGGCAGAGGCGGCGGUGGCAAUAGAGGCGGCGAGGGCGGAGGCGGCGGAGGCGGCGAGGGCGGAGGCGGCGGAGGCGGCGAGGGCGGAGGCGGCGGUGGCAGUAGAGGCGGCGAGGGCGGAGGCAGCAGAGGCGGCGAGGGCAGAGGCGGCGGUGGCAGUAGAGGCGGCGAGGGCGGAGGCGGCGGAGGCGGCGAGGGCGGAGGCGGCGGAGGCGGCAGUGGCGGAGGCGGCGGUGGCAGUGGAGGCGGCGAGGGCGGAGGCAGCAGAGGCGGCGAGGGCGGAGGCGUCGGCGGAGGUGGAAGCUGCAAAGGCGGCGGCGGCGGCGGCGGCGGAGGCGGUCGACGCCGCGAGGGCUGAGGCGGCGGAGGCGCGGCAGGCGUCGAGGCGGUGGGAGGCCGCCUUUGGUGCUGCGGAGCUGGAGCUGCGGCAGGCGCGCGCAGAGGCCUCCGAGGGCAGGGCUGCGGGCGGCGGCGCGGCCGCGCUCAGCGAGGGCGACGCGGCGGAGCUGGCGACGCUGCGCAAGGAGAGGCGCGGCUUGCAGGCGGCGCAGAAGCUGAUCGGGAGGCGGUCGGUCGCCGCCGCGAACCGGCUGCUCCUCUCGCAGUGCUUCCGCGCGAUGACCCUCGCGGUGGCGUCCGCCAGACUCGUCGCCGACCGAAAGCGAUUCCGAGAGAUGCUCCAGCUCUCCUCCGCCCUGCCCGCCACCAGCCGCGCCGCCACCCUCGCCGGCGGGGACGGCCAAGACGGCGCCGCCUCCUCCUCCCCCGCCGCCGCGUCAGCCCUCCAGACCGCCGGGGCCGAGGCCGAGUUUGAUGUCGCCGAGUGA